AUGUCUGACACGUCAUCAUCCGUCCAAUCAGAAGGUGCCGCACACUUUUGGAGGCGUUAUGAACUGUCCGUGGAGAACGUUGGUCCUGGAGUUGACUUUACAAGUGACGCCUCUACAGCACCAGAAGAGUAUCACAAGGAGGUGGCCGAACGACUUGAAAUAGCGGCUAGCGACGUCAAAGCACAACUGAUGAUUGAGUACGAAGCAAACUCGAAAGAAGGCCGCUGGGACGAGAAUGUAAUUAACAGCCAGAUGUGUCCCAGUGGCAAGAGAGUCAAUCUUUGCUCAUACCUUACUGGUUUGCUCGAUAACGAGAGAUCCCCACCUCCAGGCGAUAGCCUCUGCUCCUACCAUAAUCACUACGAGUUCAUGGACGAGAAGUGUCCCAACAGCAGUGUUCCGAGCGAACUUGCCCCUGUAAUUGUAGGAGAUCUAUUGAAAGAGAAUACAGCCGACAUUAUAACGGACGUCGAAGAAACGUUCCAGAAAGAAAGCUUCGGCUGGUCACACACUGAUGUCAGCAGGACUUCCGAAGAAGAUAAACCUUCAAAUGGUACAGCUGUCUUCCCAACCGUGCCAGUGAGGCACGAGGAAGAAGUCCCCACCAGGUCACUGUAA